UACUGUGCCACUGUUCACUUCGACGUCUGUGUUUUAAUUAAUUAUCAAAUAGAAAUAACGGUGAUAGCGUGACAAAACAGUGAUAAAUCAAUGAACAAUACUAAGAACCACAUGGACUAAUGUUUUCAUAUUAAAAAAGUGCGUAAACAGUGAUAAAAUCUUCAAAACAUCAAGGGACUUGGAUCUGUCAUUUUAUACAUUACUCUAAGUGUAAACUAUCUAAUACCUGCUAAGUUCAGUGAAUAAGACACAAAUAAACAUAAAAAACACUAAAUUGUUACUGUGAACUCAAGAAAUCUGUUUUUGCAUCAAAAUACAUAACCUCAAAAAUUAUUAUUUCACAUAGUCACGCAGUUUUUCGAGUAAACAACGAUAAGCGCCAUUUAGCGUCGAGUAGCCGAACUCUCUAGACAUAACUCGAUAAACUGAACGCAACAUCUGCUAUUGGCAACGUAGUUCCGCUACCAACCAUAAGAGAUUAUAGAGGGCGCUACGAGUACCAAAACAAACAAAUACUAUGGAGGAAAUUAUGAAAGCCCUACAGAACAUUCAAAAAGAACUAAACUUACAAAAAAUUGAAAUUCAAAAAAGUGGUGAAAAGGUUACAGAACAAGUAACACUCAACAUAAAUAAGAAAAUAGAAGAAAAAUUUACCAUUUUAGAAGAAAAACAUCAAACUUUAAAGGGAAAAGUUGAACAACAAGAAAAAAGAAUACAAUAUAUGGAAAACCAAGCAAGACAAAGAAACAUAAUUUUCUUCGGUAUUGAAGAGGGCGAGACAUCCUACCACAACUUGGAGAACAUUAUGUUACAGUUCAUUAGUGAAAAAUUGUCCUUAAAAUUCGAUUGUAGAAACAUUCAGGAAAUAAAGAGAGUGGGGAAAAAAAGCGAUAAACCGAGACCAAUAAUUGUAACUUUUUCUACCCUUGGUUUAAAGAUCAACGUUCUCAAGCAAAAGAGAUUAUUAAAAGAUACCCAAUAUUAUUUGAACGUAGACUACCCUAAGUACAUAUUGGAAAAAAGAAAAGAACUUCAAGAAGAAGCAAACAGAGAGCGCGAGAAAGGAAACAAAGUCUCGAUAAAAUACGAUAAACUUGUGAUAUCAAAAUCAAACAACAAAAGAACUAUGAUGACUUCCCCAGAGUCAGAUCCCAGAAUUCAAGCACUAGCUGGUAAUAGUACAAAAAGACCUAUGAAGAAAAAUAAAAUAAAACAAUCAAACCCACCUAUACCCAGAUCAAACAGCGUCCCUGAAGCAGUUCUAAAACCAAGCAUUCUAAGCUACCUAGUAAACAACAACGUCAACACAACACAAAAUCAAACCAACGACAAUAUAACCAACAACCCACACUCAUAGCAACCAACACCGCCCUCCCUCAAGAAUGUAACAUCAAAAAAAUUUCAACUAAGUAACAAAAACCAUCUUCCAAUCCGGCUGGUCACCGUGGAAGAUCAAGACCAUAACCCUCUAAAGAAGAUACCUCAAACCUCUUCAAAAACAAGAAGAGAGACACGAACCGAAGAAAUAUUUAAUUCAACUAAAAAGAAGAGAGACCUGAUAUACAUAGUAACCUACAACGUCAGAACCUUAUCUACUUACGAACGUUUAAUCGAACUAAGCGAAGCUCUCACUAGAGUCAAAUACGACAUAAUUGGAUUAUGUGAAAUAAGGAGAACAGGCACCCGGAUAGAAGAAUAUAAUAAUUUUAUACUAUGUCACACAGGAUACACACCUGGCAGAAACGGAGUCGGUUUCAUAAUUAAUAAAACCCGCAAGAACUGGAUCGAAAGUUUCAUUAGCAUAAAUGAUAGAGUAGCAUUAUUAAACUUAAGCAUACAAGGAC